GCUUAUAUUUUACCGCCGAUUGUAGAUCACAGGUCGCGUUUUCGAGCUUGUUUCGUGCAUACGCACUCAUUUCGUUAACGGCGAAUCACAAGUUCAUGAUCGUCUGACAGAGCUUCUUCAAACUCGGUCCCUCCGCGGAUGACGGAUCGUCUCCGACCCGUUGGAUGCUGAAACUAGCAACGAUGCGGCGGCCCUGCUGUUAACUCAUUGGACCAGCCAAGGGAGGAAAAAAAAAAAACUACAUCUGCUUCGCCGGUUCUUUCUCUCUCUCAGGGGAGACUGAGAGAAUCCACAAUGAAGCUCAAACCAAAUCAGACCAGGACGUACGACGGAGAGGGUUUUAAGAAAAGAGCAGCUUGUCUGUGCUUCAAGAACGACCGUGAAGAAGAGGUUCUGCUGGUCAGCAGCAGUCGGCACCCGGACCAGUGGAUUGUUCCGGGAGGGGGGAUGGAGCCCGAGGAGGAGCCGUGUGGCGCUGCGGUACGAGAGGUCUUUGAAGAGGCUGGUGUAAAGGGCAAGCUAGGACGCCUACUUGGUGUAUUUGAACAAAACCAGGAUCGGAAGAACCGUACGUACGUGUAUGUGCUGACUGUCACGGAGACAUUCGAGGCCUGGGAGGAUUCAGUCAACAUAGGCCGUAAGCGGGAGUGGUUCACCGUGGACGAAGCCAUCAAAGUUCUGCAGAGCCACAAACCCGUUCACGCCGAGUAUUUGAGGAGGCUCCAGCUCAGCUGCUCCCCCACCAACGGGAACUCCAUCCUCCCGAGCCCGCCUCCAAACGACAACUACCCCCAUUACAGCACCUCUGCGCCGUCGACGGGCAGCGUGCUGACCUCCUCCUGCAGAUAGGACUGCACCUCGUCCUCCCAUUUUUUCUUCUUCUCUCGAACAGUGCACCGAGAGUCUGUACAGCCUCCUGCAUGAAUCUAACGACUUCUCCGAGCCGUGGCUCGCUUGUAUUUAAAAUUUUCCUAUCAUAACUGCAAGACUUGACCAAAGCCAGCGCUAGAAUGGGGAUAAAGACUGAGCAGAAAAGGCUCACAUCUGGAUGUGGCUAAUUCAUGGAACACCGGGAUGCUGAGUGUGAGAGGACAAAGCUGCAGCCUCUGCUGGUGUGAACGACCUACAGCGAAGGAAUGCCUUACAGAAACUUUGUGUGAAUGUUAUAUUUGGGUUGUUUUUGGUCACUUUAACAUCGUUGCGUGGCCUCCCAGAGAGCACAUCAGUGCGUUGAAUGUCUCCAGAUGUUGUGAUGGUAACCGUCAAAACAUUACACGUGGUUAUUUAUUUGACAGAAAACUGAAAAUCGAUUUAGUUCUUGUUUAACAUUCGACAAAGAAGUUCAUUCGCUGCUUUUUAACAUGCUAAGGCGACAUCAAGAAUAAUGUACGAAGUUGGCAAAACGUUUGCCCCAAAAUACAAGUUUUAAACUUUC